AUGGAGCGGAGUACGGGGGUACGGGAGGGGCUGCGGCGCAGCAACGCCCGCUUCAUGGCCUCCAUGAACCGCAUCCUGGAGCAGUAUAAUCAUCCUUUUGUAGAUGACUUACUUGUUUCCAUGGAUACUCUCACUUAUGAUACACCUGACGGACCAAAACAAUGGGGGCAAGUGUCAAGGAAGGAUGUUAAAAAAUGGAAGGAGAAACUAUUUAAGAAGGAUAGACGAAGGAAUAGAGAAACAUCAAAGCAACAGAGCAGUGAUUUUGAAGAUGAACACUCAACAGCAGAUCAGGAAUCUUCUGAGAACUCUGGUGUGGAUACAUCUGAUAUAGGUGAAGAAAGGGAUGAUAUAGGCUCAGUAAGAAGAAAAAUUGAAGAAAUUGACCUCCAGAAUCUGAAUGUAGAUGAUGGACAAAUACAAAAGCCAGAAAGAGUUCAAGUGGAUUUGAUAGUACGAGGUGAUGAGAGAAAUAUUCCCAAAUGGAUAACGAUAACACCUCCACGUCCGUCGAAAGGUCAUCGUUUAACUUCGCCACUGCAAGAACUGUUGGGCAAUCAAGCUGCUGUUUGCAGAAAGGAGCUAGAGUUGUCAAAUGAAAGUUCUUCAUCCAAAUAUCUACAGUUGCAGCAUUCUCAUGUUCCCAUUUCAUCAAAUACAAUAACAUCCCCCAGACAUCAACCUUUUCCAGAAGUGAGCACGACUUUGUGUGAUAGCAUCCAUGGAGAAUACCUGCCUGCAGAUGAGGGAUGCUCCUGGAGCAAUACAACUCUCGCAGACUUGUAUCCUGCAAUGGUAGAGAUACUUACAAAGCUCAUGGCAAAGCAGUCUCAUAGAAGAGUGUUAAAGCACAUUUUUGGACACUUAAGGUCCAAGAGAUGGCAUUUUAGAAGACCAAAACUCAAUAUCACUGUAGACAAAAUGACAAGGUCCAGACCCUGUAAACUAAAGAGAGCAUUUCACAGCCCAUGUAGCUAAGUGAAGACAACCAAGAAUCCAGCUUUUGGAAAUGAGAGCAGAGAAUUCUGUUUUGACAAUUGCCUCAUUAGUAAUUCUUCUGGUCUGGUGCCUUAUGCUUACACUGAUACAAAUGAAAUCAAAGUGAACUACUCUGACUCAGAGCAACAUUUGACAUCUAGCAAGGGCCAAGUAGUCUGCAAACACACUGCUUUUCCUGAUGUUAUGGGUAGAAUGGAAGAGACAUUUCUAGUUGAAGAUGAAUUACAGCCUACUGCCUCACCAAAGAAUUCAGAAUACACAGGAAGUGAAAAAUUUGCUUACUCAGAACCCAGUUUUAUAACAUCCACUGCCAAUUCAGAUUCAAGAGUGCUUCAUCUUGUGAAAGAGAGUAAGACUCAGAAAACUGGCUUUUGUGUCGGUACCUCAGAAUUGUGUUCUUUUAGUUCCCAUGGCAAUAGUAACAAUUCUAUACCUAUUACAAAUUGUUCUCCUGCAAGAUCAUCAAAUACUGUGUUCAAAUAUCCUGAAAAAAUAAUUUCUGAAAGACAAACUCCUUUCCAACACAAAGACUGGUUUUCCUCCUGUUUUAUGAAACAGAGUCCUUCAAAGAUGCCCAAUAAAUACAAAGAUGCAUUUGAGGAAUUCUACUACAAAGUGUGUUCUGGAGAAUUCCAAAAGCCUUUGACAUUGACGAGACCUCUUUUAAACUCUCAGAACCUUGAAGAGAAAGGAAGUUUAGUGAAACGUAGUUUAAGUGACAUUGGGAGGUCUACUAAACAGUGUGAUAAAGAAUUUGACAGGCUCUAUGAAAAACUGUCUAGGGAGUUUUUUCCAAAAUUUCCUGGGUUUCAGAGAGCUUCAAAUUUGAGAAAAUAUGAAGAAAUACAGAUGCCUGAAACUGUAAAUGCUCUUGUUAAUUCUCCUGUCCGAACUUAUUCUGCAAUUUCCAGAGUUAAAAGAGCAGGAAGUUCUCAAAACUAUCUUCCUUGUUCACCAUUAAAGCGACUGAAACUUACACCAGAACAUUGUUUUUCUUCAAGAAAACAUCAGGAGAUUUUCCACAGUAAAACAGGUCCUCAAACAGCUGGCAUGGAUUUUCUGAGCACAUACAACUGUAACAACUCCAGCUUUUUUAAAGAUCACAGCUAUCAUUGUCAGGGCUCUGGAUCUCAUGAUUCUUCAGAUAAAACUUUUCUUUGUAUUCCUGGCACUUCCCUGCAAGCCAAAAUGGACUGUCAGCUGGAAAGCUUCCUGAGGCCCUGUGGUGUGAUAUUUUUAGCUUUCUAUGGUUCCCAGCAGUGA